AUGAUGAUUUUAAGGUCACCCAUAAGACGUCUGGCACGAGGGGCUCUCGCAGAAGUCGGGUUUGGGCUUCGAUCGAGGCCCUGGGUUGGAGUUACUGGGGGUUUGACAGGAAACGCUGGCAUGAGGUCUACGAGGAUAACUUGCAUAUCUACAAGCCAAUUUCGCUCGCCGAUAAUUGCCCAAUUGAGAUGGAAUUCACACCAGGCGGGAUCAGGUGAAGAGAAUAAGCAUAUUUCCAAGAAAGCUCCGGAUGCCACCGAACAGGUGCGAGGAUGGACCACGAAGGAGGAAAUGCUAAGGUCAGCCACUAAUCCCUUUAGCCGUUUCUAUGCGCGGUCCAAGUGGUAUUUGAAAAGAUCGAAGCGUCCUUUCAACACAGAUGACUUCAGCGCAUUUUUCUCUUGGCUUGUGGCGGGUAAUAUGGUGCUGUUGGCCAUUGGUACGACCACCUUCUUCUCGCUGGUGCUAUUCACCAUAAACACAGUAUUUGCCCAGGAAUUGGUUGCACAGGCAGUGGGAAACUUUCUCACGCGGAAUAUCGGAUUAACUGUUGUUUUUGAGAACGCUAUCGUUCCGGGAUGGCGAGAAGGGAAGAUCAGCUUCAGGAAGUGCUUCGUUAGUAAACGCCCAAAGGGAACGCAGCAGUUCAAGAAAGGGUCCCAGGCUAGUGCUGCUGCGGCUGCAGCUUUACCACCUACUGAAAAAGGUGUCGAGGAGGAAGCGGACGAUGGUAACUACACGCAGUUCGAUCUUACCAUCGAGGAGGUAAACGUAUCGCUUUCGUUUAGCAAAUGGUUCAACGGAAAGGGCAUUUUGAAGGAAGUGGAGAUGAAGGGGCUGCGUGGAGUUGUUGAUCGUACUCAUGUUUACUGGGUCCCAGGCGAUUUAGCCACAAAUUACAAGAAUAUACAUCGGCCUGGUGACUGGGAGAUUGAAAACUUCAAGAUGGAGGAUGUUCUUUUUACCCUUAAACAACCGGAUGGCUUCCGGCCAUUCAAUGUGAGCAUUUUCAGUGGUGAUCUUCCCCAUUUCCGCAAAAACUGGCUCUUCUUUGAUAUCCUGAACUCCAAUAACGUGAGUGGAUCCUACGACGAUUCGCUGUUCACGAUUCACAAAAAACAGCGCAUUGACGAUUUUGGGUCUGAUGAUAUUGUCGAUGGCACCGGUACUUCUCGGGUUCCGAAUUGGAGACGAGUUACCCGUUUGAGGGUUGAUAACUUGAACCUAGACCACCUCAAUGCCGGUGUAGAGGGUCCUUUUGGCUGGAUCACACAGGGAACAGUUGACAUGAUCGGCGAUGUGAUGGUUCCCGAAGAAGACGAACCCAAUGUGGCCGAACUGCUUAAGACAGUUGCUGAUAGCAUUGCCAAAGAAGCGAGACGUUAUCGUUUGAGUCCAGAACAGCAGCAACAGAGGCAAAACCCGCGUGGAAGCGUUUCUGACUAUUUGGUGUUAGACUUCCAAUUACGCAUCAACAAUCCUCGAGCUGCUGUGCCAUUGUUCAAUGGAGAACUGUCGUAUAUCAACAAUGCAUUGAUUCGCCCGAUUGUUGGGUACAUCAACUCACGACGCACGUACAUCCCUAUCAGAUGUCGCAUAGUCAAAAAGGUGGACGAUUUCGAUGGUUCCUGGACCAUUUACGACAGUCUGUUGAUGGACGAUCUGCAGGCCGAGGUUUACGAUGCAUUCGUGGAAUAUGUUGCAGAUGAUACUGCGAAGGUUGAGCGUGCCCGUAAGGUCGGUUUCUGGAGUCUCCAAUUUUUGAUCCAGGUGUUAUUAUGGAGUCUUGGGACGAUUGCAUGA